UCAACAACAUCACGUCAUUUACACCAAAGCAGAAGUUGGACAUCACUGACUUUAUACCAGCGAACCCAAAUCCAGCAUCAAGAGCAAAAACCAGCCCAAUAUUUAGAGAACUACUGAGUCGAGGAAACAGCUGAAUGAUGAGUGCUGCUCAGAGUCAAACAACACUGGUGUCCAAACUGGAGGCCCUGCAGUGCCACUUCACCUGGGAUCUGGACCCCAGCAGGAACAAACUUCUCCGUUUCUGUGACCAGCUGGAGGACAUCGGCACAGAGGAGGGGAACCGCUGGCUGGGUCACAUUUACAACCUGUGGGGGUUCAUUCAAUACAAGCUGGGGCUCACUAAAGACGCCCAGAGUUUGUUCAACAAGGCUGCAGAGGCCUUCCGCCAGAUGAGAAGUGCAGAUGAGGGUCCCUGGUUAGUGGUGAACUACGGGAACCUGGCUUGGCUGAACCACCACCUGGGAGACCAAGCAGAGAGUCAGGCUUACCUGACAAAGAUCGACGCCCUGAUGAAUAAAUACCCAUCUCCAUCCCAGGACGAGCUCCAUCCAGAGAUCUACGCUGAAAAAGCCUGGACCCUGAUGAAGUUCAGCACAGACAAAAAGCGUCUAGCUGCAGAUUACUUCCAGAGAGCCAUCAAGAUGCAGCCGGACAUGGUGGAGUGGAACACCAGCCACAUAAUAGGGUUAGUGAGGGCUUUAAAGCACAGCAACAAAAAGCUGGAGGCUGACAUGAUGGAGAAAGUGAGAAUCGCGAAGGACCAGGAUCCAGAGAACUUGUACCUUGCUGUUUACUACCUUGAGCAAUGUGCUAAGAAAGGUGAAAGGAUUGAAGAUGAAGCACGAGAGUUAGCUAGAAAGGUUUUGAGAAAUCCCGUCAGCAGCUACAAUGGUAUGAAACCAUUAAUAAGGGUUUACAGAAACUAUGUUUCUGUUGAUUAGGCCAUUGAAUUGGCAGACAAGGCUCUGGAAAACCAUCCAGAUGAGCGUUAUCUGAAGAGAUGUGCUGCACUCUGUUACAAAUGAGAGAUCCUUUUUUACAGGGACAGUCGCCCAAAGCAAAGCAUGAUAGACAGAGCAAUCAGUCUCAAUAAGGAGGUGAUUUCUCUUUACCCUCAUUCUUCACUUAUGAAGAACAUAGCUCUUGCAGAUAUAUAUGCAAAAUCUAAUCACGACCAGGCUAAAGCCGAGCAGAUAUUCCAGGAACUGCUAGAAAGGGAUCUGGAACCUGCAGAUAAACAGAUGCUUUACAACUUCUAUGCAAACCACGUAUUCCUUUAUCGUCAGGAGUACCAAAGGUCAAUACAAUAUCACAUGAAGGCAGCAGCAAUACCGCAACAAUCCUUCUGUCGUUGGAACAGCAUCAAAACUCUGAAGAAGAUUAAAGACAAAGGCAGGAACCAAAUGUGUAGAGAAAUAGAGGAGUUUCUGGCAAACCUGCAAAAACCAUAGUGUUUUUAACAGCACUGGUUCUGAAUCUACUAAAGAAUGUAGAUAUUUGAUUUGCAAAAUAAUCUCUACUUACUUUCUAAUUUAAUUACAUAUAAAACUACUUCUAUACUUCUUAAAAUAAAGUUAAAAUGGAAGUGAGAAUCUUACAGUGAAGACCUGCUGAUCAUGGCAAGGCAAGAAGUGAAGUCUAUCCCUAUUCAAUGCAAAUCAUAGCAGAUUUACUUCAUCCCUGCAAAUGAAUCCUCUGAUGGCAACUCAAUUAAAACAAAUGGAUUUUUUUUUGCAAAAUUUCACCAUUAUAAAAACUAGUAUGAUCUGGCCUUAAAGUAGUCAGUAUGCUUCAACCAAAGUGCUUGUCAAAUGAUCAAACAGCAUUUCAUAAAGUUACAAAGUUUGAAGGAUUCAGCUUCUACAACUUCCAUUUGACAAGCACUUUGGUUGAAUUAUAUUUACACCUUUAAAGCUGCAGUUGGUAACUUUGAGAAAUAUGAUAAAAAGGUAUUUUUAUAAAACUCACUACAUCCUGAGAGUAGUGCAUGAGACAGAUGGUCUGUGAAAAAAAAUCAUCCGGUCAAACUAGGCAGCACUGACCAAAUUAAUAUCCUGUUACUGUAAUGUCUAUUUCCCACCUCGAAUGUUUUCAGAAACAGCUUUCUGGAAAACCUUCAAGAGCCAUAGUGUUUUGAACAUCACUGGUUCUAAAUCCAGAAAAUAAAUGUAGGUAUUGCAUUACCUAAAAAAAUCUGUACACACUUAUUGAGCUGUUUCUUUUAAAGGCAGGUUUCAACAAGUGUCUGCAAGUUUUUAGACUUAAGUACAUUUAAUGGAAGACAAAAGCUUUUUUUUAAAACUAUCUAAAAAUCUACUCAUUUGCUCUGAAAAACUGUCAGCAGUAGUACACUCAAUCUGUACUAAACAGGCUGAAUCAUUCAAUAACACUAGUCCUUUAAACAACAUCCACUGUGGACAUGUUCAAAUGUUAUUACUAUAGUUCAGUAUCACAUGAUUUAUUAAAAUAGAUUUUGAUUAGUGUUGAUUUUCAUAACUUACAUGUAAUCACUGUGUUUAUUAUAUUCCUGUUGUGUUGAUUGUUUUUUUCCAUAGCACUGUAUUUUAAGUUUAUAUAAGAACUACACUAUAUGUAAUUUGAAUGUCUGUAAGCUUUGGAGUAGUGAAAUAUAAAACUCUCUGAUAAUGUUAUAGAUAAUUUGAUGUAACCUGAAUAUUAUUGCCAGAUGCAACUGAUUGUAUGUAUAAAGUAUGUCAAGCUGUGACUCAGUUGUACACAAUAGCCUACUAAUACUAAUAAAUAUACAUUAUGUACACUAAGAAA